AUGUCGAAUGCGUCUGGAACAUCAUAUGGAUCUAUUCGUGGAGAAACUGGAGCUGGAUACCAUGGUGUAGAUGGACCGGAGCUGUUGGAAUUCGACGAGGCGUUCAUGCCGCGGGAGCAUGGUCACGGUCAUGAUCACGAACAUGAUGCAUGGGAUAGUUAUCGCCACACUUUUGUCCCAGAGAUUGAAGACUUGCCUCUCCCGCCUCGCUCGUCCACCUCACAUACGACAACAGCCACGAGCAAUGAUAUCAAAAUGGGAGGUACAGGCUGGUAUGAACCUGAGAAAGACCGAAUCGUGAUCACAGACCUUGACGACUCGGAUCUAGACACAGACGCCAAUGCACCCUCACCAAACGCGCAGGAUGCGGAGAUAAUGGACGAUGAUGAGCGACCGUUUCACACAUUCAAGGUUUCAAGUGCAUACCUACAGCGAUUUGGCAAGCCAGCCAAUGCACCAGAAAUCCCACCAGCACCGUCAACAAUCAUCGAGAAUGCUGGCUCGGAGUGCCAAGCGUUAGUGCUUUACCGUCCGUCGUUUCCAAUCUACAAACACGUAUCUGUGGAGCCGAGUAUAGAUGCUCAGAAGGCGGUGAUGGCCGAUAUUACAACAAUGAAUGCGGAGACUACGGGUAGUGGCGAUGCUAUGGAGUUGGAUGACUGA